ACCCAAUUAUUUUAGUUUUGUAUAUUACUUACAUUCUGUACUCUAAGCUAGAUUGAAAGGAAGGUAUAUUUAAUUUUGACAGAAUUACUACACAAUUUUAAAAGAACGUUGAAGCAUUACUUUUAACAUUAAUUCAAUUCUCAUAUUUUUUCAUUCAAUACUAUUAUGUUGGAGCAAGUACACUUGUAACUACAGUAGAUUCAACAUGAAAGGUCAAUGUAUAGAGAUCUGAAAUUCCAUGAAACAUCGUGAGAUGCUGUUUUUAUUCUCUGAAAGAUUGUCAGCAGCGCGCAUGGUCGCUUCUGUUUGAUAGACGAUUUUUACACGGGAGAGUGGUGGUUGGUUGAAGUAGGGAAAAGCGCGAUAGGAAGUGAAACUCCUGAUCUACUUCGUGACAGCUACAGCGACAGAAUCAAAAUGCCCAAGAAGAAGAAGACUCCAAAGAAUUCCUUUUACUUUUUUAUGAAAGAUUUUAAAGAAGAGCAAGAGCAAAUGGGAUAUGUGUUCAAAAAUGGAUUACAGGAAGUAGCUGUAAUGGCAGAUCCUGAGUGGAAAACUUUGUCACCUGAACGACGUAUGCAUUACGAGAACAUGGCAGCAGACCACAAGUUACGCGAGAAAGGAAAUAAGUUCACUACAAUGGGUGUUCCGUAUUCUCAUUUGGAGAAAGAGAAACUGGAAAAAAUGGAGGCUGAUAGAAAGAUGAGAAUGGAAAUAGAGGGUACAGUGCAAGGUUUGGACAGAGAAGGAACAUUGAGAACACAUGUGUUUUAUUUUGUUCAUUUCAAUUACUAUUGCCAACUUGACGAUGGGCAAUAUCUUGUAUGUGAAGUGGCAGUAGCUCAAUUCAACUUAUUACAUGGUGUAAAGGAUGUAUACCACACUAUUAUACGUCAAGAAAGAAUUCCUACAGGAUAUACGUACGCUGCUGUGAAAACACUUACUGAGACCCACCAAAUUCCAGUACCUAAUGAGCUCACUGAGGGUGAGCCCUUGCGAGGCAACAUAUUUAGCAGAAUCAAACAGUUUUUGGAGCAAAACAGGAUGGCUAAUGGCUAUUUGCCUCCUCUAUAUUCUCAUGAUGAGCAUGUGGGUGUUGCUCAGAAUGUCCUGUCGGAGAUGGCUGAAUUUCACUAUCCACAAAAUCCAGACAUCUUCAGGGUGUAUCCGCUCUCAAAAUUAUUCUUCUUUGUUAGAAAUGCUGCUGUUCCUCCUAAUGGAACAGGAUUUCCUGUUGAAACAUUGGCUCUAAGGGAACUGGAAAAGGAUCAGUAUAAUUUUGCCCCUGGUAUUGCUUGUGAAUUUCAUAAAAAGGACCAUGAUACUUCACAGUACUGCAGUAGAUCAAUUGUGACUCGAUGGGGGUAUCUUAUCUGUGAUCAUUGUUGCCCAGAUUUAAGAAUUCCAUUGGUUCAUGGAAGACAUGUUCCUAACAAUGCUGCUGUGAUGCAGGAAGACCAGUUUACAAGAUCUCAAAUGGCUAGAAGUGGCAGAGCACUCCCAUUUGUUCCUGCCUCUGCCCCUGAACCUGUCAGCCGAGCUCAAGCAGCGAGUGCUGCCAGCAACCAGCGGCUUGGGGCAGCUGUUAGCAGUCGCCCACUGGAGGUUGUGGAUUACGGCAGAUCUGGUCUCUCUGAAGACUCUGCUCAUGUGAGAGAAGAAUUUAUAACUGCUUCAGUACAAGAUGCCUUACACUUUACUUCUGAAGAUUUUCCAGACCUUGGAAGCCGUAGUCAUUCUAGAAUGCCAGCCGCUGUAGCUGGCCGUGGACGUGGCAGGGCAAGGAUAAUUCAAGAAGAAAAAUAUGGAAUAAAUAAUAAAGCGUAUCAAAUUCUAGAUCAGAUGGAAACCAAUUAUGAUUGUACUGUUUUAGCUCCUGGAGAUCUUAUUGAAGAGACAGAAAAUUUGACCAUUCAAAGUACUGCCGGAAGAGGACGAUCACGAGCUGAUAUUAAGCCAGGCUCAAGACUGGCUGCCAAUUUCCAGCUCAUCUGAGCAAGAAUCUGGAUUUCUGAUAAACUGAAUGUAUAAAUGUGUCCAUGUGAUAAAUUGCUUUAAAAAUAUUAUGAGAGCGACCUGGAACCUAUUUUGAAUUGGUUCAACAAUAUAUAUAUUUGAUGAUCUAGCACAUAUUGAAAAAAUGAAGAUGGUUUAUAUAAAUUAUUUUUUUACUUCAUAUUUUGAAAUUCAAACAGUCCAAUAUAUCUUUUUAGCAGUUUUAUUAGUUGUGCAAUUGAAUCAUCUUCGUUUUUUGAUAAUCAAAUUGUUUGCUAUAGGUUGAAUGGCAGACGCCAUUCUUUUAAAAUUGUUUUUUCGUAUCAUUUGUGAAUUUAUUAAAAGUUAGUAACAUGGAUUAUGAAGAUACAGAACAUUUGUGGUUUUUGUUUAAAAAAAAAAACAACUGGACAUUACAACUUGGUGUUUCCUGCCGGAGGCCUGCCUCCUUUUUUUGUCAUGUAUUGGCUCAUUUUAGUUAAGUGUCUUAGAUAUAUAAUAUAUGUAAUGUUUAUUAAAGUGUUCAAACUUUUUUUGUGUACGUUGUUUUGACUUCCAAUACAAUGAUACUGAAGGGGAAUGAAGUUACUAAGGUAAAGUACUAUCAAAAAUUCCAUUCAAAUUUUGCAAUAUUGUUAUAUAGAUGUAAUGGAGUGUAGAAAGACAAGGACAUGAUACAGGCUUGUAGCUGAUAGCAUAGGGAUAUUCCUUCGUGCUCAGAUAUUCUCACAGUUGUGAUCUAGUCUUGAUGUAGGAUUGUCA